AUGCACCCGCAGCGCCCCCUCCCCCAGGCCAUGCCCGCCACCUCGGUGGGGCAGAACCUCCGGGACGCCCUGGGCUUCGGUCGCGACGGCGCUUUCGGGAUCGGGCGGGACGGCGGCUUCGGCGGCUUCGGUCGCGGCAAGAACUUUUUCGGCGGUAACUUCGCUUACGGUAUCAUCCGCUCUCUCAAAGAGUGCAUGUACUUUCUGCUGUGCUGCUGGUGCAUCAAGGAAAUCCUGGACUGA